AUGUGGCGUGCUGCUGUGGCUGGCGGUGUUGAGUUUGUGCCUGGGCAGGUGAUCACGACGGGGACGAACCCGCUGGCGAAGGACACACAGUACGAGGCCAUCCAGCGCUUCCAGAAGGUGAUGCGGGCAUAUCUGACGCACAGUGGGCAAAAGUACUAUGCUGACAAGGACCAUUUUCUGAAGGAUGACGUCGACGGUGAGAUGAUGGUUGCUGGGUGGAUUGCUGGCGAGGUGCUCUCACAGGCGCUGGGCAGUCGUGAGUGGGUGAAGGACCGCAAGUCGUUCUUGGCGUCUCUGUACAACCAACGCCGGUAUGUGGUUGACGACAUUGUGAUUGGCGACUACGGUGGCGAGUGCGAAGCGGGUGUAUUGAGCAAUUUGUGUAUCCAUUUCUUAGGGCCUUUUUUUUCUGUGUUUUUAUUGAUUUUUUUUGUGUUGGGUUUUAUAAAGUUUCUUUUUUUUUUUUUUUUUUGUAUGUGUUGCUUAGUUAUUUUGUGUAGGGAAGGUUAG